AUGUUGAACAUGGCAAUGGUUAUCACUGCAACGGCAAUUCUUAUUAUAUUCUUAUUGUUUUCUCCAUCAUCAGUAGCUAUAUUACUCAACAAGCUUCAGUUACCAACACCAGUUACAGGACCUGAGUCGCUCGCAUUUGAUAGAGACGGUGGAGGACCUUAUGUAUCUUCCUCUGAUGGAAGAAUUUUUAAAUAUAUUGGUCCAAACGAUGGCUUCAAAGAAUAUGCUUACACUUCUCCAAACAGGAAUAGAACAUUUUGUGAUGGGCUUGCUGACUUCUCAACCGUCCAAGCAAUUUGUGGCAGGCCUAUAGGGUUAGGUUUCAACCAUCGAACCGGUGAUCUGUAUGUAACCGAUGCUUAUCUUGGGCUUGUUAAGAUUGGCCCCAAUGGAGGAGGGAAUGUAACGCUAUUACCAUGGGAACAAGCCAAUGGUACCAUUUAUGCUAAUGGUUUGGAUGUAGACCCUGAUACUGGAAUCGUUUAUUAUACCAUUUCUAGCACUAACUUUCAACUCAAAGAUUUCCAGACACUUAUAAACAGUGCAGAUAAUUCAGGGAGUUUCUUGAGAUAUGAUCCAAAGACCAACCAAACAACAGUGUUGCUAAGCAAUCUUGCAUUGCCAGCUGGUGUGGCAGUAAGCAAAGAUGGAUCAUUUGUACUUGUUAGUGAAUAUCUAGCAAAUAGAAUUCAAAGAGUUUGGCUCAAAGGGCCAAAAGCAAAUUCAUCAGAAAUAUUCAUGCUAACUGCUGGAAGACCAGAUAACAUUAAAAGGAAUUCAUUAGGACAAUUUUGGAUUUCAGUGAAUAGUUUUUUAGGACCACCAAGCUCUCUAAGAUGCACUACUUUACCUUCAGGAGUUAGAGUCAAUAAAAAUGGUUUAGUUUUACAAGUUGUGUCUCUUACUGAUGAGUAUGGUGGUGAACCAGCAAGUGAGGUUCAAGAGUAUAAUGGAAAACUUUAUGGUGGCUCCCUGCUUGCUAAUUAUGCUGCCGUUUUUACCCCCCUAGAGUUUUUCACUCUUUCUUUGUAA